GUUGCACUAUGGUUCAGCCUCAAAAUGUGCCAAAGUUUAUUUUGCCGACAAGUUGGCAGUUUCUAAAACCAUUAUAAAACUUGAUAUUCAGAUUCGGUGAAAAGUUUUUUUCUGAGUAUUUACUAGAUGGUAUUUCAUGUCAAAUUUUUACUAUUUGUAUAAUUUGAGUUCCCAUUAUCUUGCGUUUUUAUAAACCCAAACUUAAUAUAUAAAGAUUCUGAUAAAAUAUUUAAGAGAUGAUGUCACCUGAAGAUCAGGAACUACAAGAGAAUCCCACUGCAGCAGAGGAAAUAUCUCCUGAUAUGAUUAUAAAACAUCCUCUUCAAAACAAAUGGAGCUUAUGGUUCUAUAAAAAUGAUAGAACUAAAUCCUGGGAAGAGAAUUUAAUGGAAAUAACUACAUUUGACACUGUAGAAGAUUUUUGGGCCCUAUAUAAUCACAUAGAAGUUGUUAGUAAAAUUCCUUUAGGAUGUGAUUAUGCACUUUUUAAAUAUGGUAUUAAACCUAUGUGGGAAGACAGUAGAAAUAAACAAGGAGGACGGUGGCUUAUAAAUGUUAUGAAGUCUCAAAGAAGUACAGACUUAAAUAAUUAUUGGUUGGAAAUACUCUUACUAAUGAUUGGUGAAGCAUUUGACGAAUGCAGUGAAGAUGUUUGUGGAUCAGUUGUACAGAUUAGAAAUAAAGGUGAUAAAAUUGGUAUCUGGACAGCAGAUGUUAGGCAUGCGGAUGCUAUAAUGAAAAUCGGCCGCUCUGUGAAAGAAAGAUUAAACCUUCCUCCAAGGAACACUUUAGGUUAUGAAGCUCACGCUGAUACACAAUCAAAACAAGGAUCCGCUGCAAAAUGCAGAUAUUCCUGUUAAGUUAAUGCUAUUUAGUUUUGAAAAAUUGAAAACCAUUGUGAAGGUGAUUUGUUUCAAGCGAAGGAAUGCAUAAAAAACUAUUUAUCGCUCAUCUCAUGUGCGUUGCUAUUUUACUUCUAGGGAAGGGAUAGCAUUUUAUUAUUUAUUUUCUGGAUUUAAAUUAUGUGUUAUAUAUUUUGUUCUAAAUUCUGAUGGAACGUUUAAAUACUUGUCUAUUUUUUACUAUGACCAUGAUCGUUAAACAUGUAUGCAUGUUAUCACAUUGGUCUGAUCAGUCAUAGUGAUUUGUAUUUUGUGUAGUUUGCGGCAUUUUAUCUAUCAUAUUUUAUUAUUUUGUGAUGGAGAUAUAUUUUUCUUGUUUUAAAUUGUAUGUAGUACAGUGUUAAGUUGAAAUAAAUCAUCUUUGCAAUUACUCGUGUUUUUUACUGUAAGGGAUAUUGUUGAUAUUGAGUUUUGUAUAGGGUGGAAAGAUGAAACCCAAUAAAUCUUUUAACUGAAAA